AUGCACUUCCAGUGGGACUGGCUGUGCUUGAGUGUCCUGAUAAUUAGCUCAGUGACUGCAGAAAUUGAAAAUGAAGAAACUCUGGAUGCAGAUGUCAAAGUGGAGGAUUUUGACAAGCAGUCUCAAGAAGCUGAUGUUGACAGAGAGAAAUCUUCCUUAGAGGUUGUGUACCACACUCCAAAGCCAACUGGAGAAGUGUAUUUUACAGAAACCUUUGAUGGAGUAUUGACUGGGUGGAUGUUGUCUAAAACCAAGAAAGAAGACGCAGAUGAUGACAUUGCUAAAUAUGAUGGAAGAUGGGAAGUAGAAGAGCUGAAAGAAAACACAGUGCCUGGAGACAGAGGAUUAGUGUUAAAAUCGGUGGCAAAGCAUCAUGCAAUAUCAGCUAUGCUAACAAAGGCAUUUAUUUUCGAUAAUAAACCUUUGAUUGUUCAAUAUGAAGUGAAUUUUCAAGAAGGCAUUGACUGUGGUGGUGCAUAUAUUAAACUUCUCUCCAGUAGUGAUGACCUGAAUCUGGAAUACUUUUUUGACAAAACACCUUAUACUAUUAUGUUUGGACCAGAUAAAUGUGGAGAAGAUUACAAACUACACUUUAUCUUCAGACAUAAGAAUCCUCAAACUGGAGAAUAUGAUGAAAAACAUGCAAGACGUCCUGACGUAGACCUAAAAAAAUUCUACUUGGACAAGAAGACGCAUCUAUAUACUCUUGUGCUAAAACCAGAUGAUACAUUUGAAAUGUUAAUUGACCAAUCGGUUGUCAGUAAAGGAAGUCUUCUUGAGGAUGUGGUUCCUCCGGUAAACCCUCCCAAAGAAAUAGAGGAUCCUAGUGAUAAGAAGCCUGAUGAUUGGGACGAGAGACCAAAAAUACCUGAUCCAAACGCUGUUAAACCAGAUGACUGGGAUGAAGAUGAGCCUUCCAAAAUAGCAGAUCCUGAUGCUGUUAAGCCCGAGGGAUGGCUUGAUGAUGAACCACAGUAUGUUCCAGACCCUAAUGCAAAAAAACCAAAGGACUGGGAUGAAGAAAUGGAUGGGGAGUGGGAAGCCCCUCAGAUCCCUAAUCCAAAGUGCGAGACCGCACCUGGUUGUGGACACUGGGUGCGUCCCAUGAAGAACAACCCAAACUAUAAAGGAAAAUGGAAAGCACCUAUGAUAGAUAAUCCUAACUAUCAGGGUAUCUGGAGCCCUCGGAAAAUACCGAACCCAGACUAUUUUGAAGAUCUUCACCCAUUCAGGAUGACUACAGUCAGUGCUAUUGGUUUAGAACUCUGGUCUAUGACGUCUGAUAUCUACUUUGAUAACUUCAUUAUAUGUUCAGAAAAAGAAGUAGCAGAUCGUUGGGCAGCAGAUGGCUGGGGCUUGAAGAAAUUAGUAGCAAGUGCUAACGAGCCUGGUAUGUUUAGUCAACUGGUGACUGCUGCAGAAGACCACCCAUGGCUCUGGGUUCUUUACAUCUUGACUUUAGCUCUCCCUGUUGGUCUAGGUGUGUUGUUCUGCUGGCCAGCAAAGGUUAAGAAAACAGAUGAAGAUAUUGACCUAAAAAAAAUGGAUGUAUCUAACUCAAUUACAAAGGGAGAACUAAAACAAGAGAGAGAGGAGUUAGAAGAUGAUGAAAUAGAAUUAGAAGAAAAAGAAAACGAAGACACUGUUGAAGGUGAAGAUGAGGGUGAAGGUGCUGAAGAUAUUGAUGAUGAAGAAGGUGAAGUUGCAGAUGGAAGUCAAGAAGAAGGUGAUAAGUCAAAUAAAUCUGGUUCAGAAGAUGAAAUGAAAGAAGCUGAUGAAAGCACAGGUUCUGGAGAUGGUCCACUGAAAUCAGUGCGCAAAAGAAGAGUACGAAAGGACUGA